AUGGACGGCUGCCGAGCCUGUGGCCGGGCCUCUGCCGGCGCUCAGUCCAGGCCCCGCCCCGCCGCCUUCCCUCCCACCUGUCGGACUCGCGUGGUGGAUGCCCCCCUGCGCAGGGCGCAAUCCCGACAGGGAGGGGCGCGGCGGCAUGGAUUGGCCGCCCGAGCGGCGGGGGCGGACGAAGGCGGCGCGGGGGCGCCCGCCGCCGGCCAGGCCGACGUGACAUCCGAGCAGCUGCAGGAGACUGCCUCCCUGGACGAGUUGAUCGACUUGUUCCUGGGCUGCAAAUCGAAGGAGGAGAUUCUGAAGGCGGUGGGCGACAACAUCCUGUCGCUGGACCAGAAGUUCUGGCUCCGGCUGGCCGCCCGCAGCGACACGGCAGACAGCGAGGAGGCCCGGCAGCGCUACAUGUCGCUCAGCCGGUCCAUCAUGGCGCUUGUGGACGCCAUCGUCAAGAAGGCCGACGAGCAGAUAACAGACUCGGCGGAGGUCCUGCAGAAGAUUUUGAAGGCCGCGGCUGAUGAGUCGGGCAAUUGGCACGUGCCCUUGACUCCAAAGGAGAUCAGCGCUCUGGACCAGGCACUUAUUGAGAAUGCUGAACACAUUGAUGAGGCAUUACUAUCAAAUGCAUUUGCAUGGAUGCGAAAAGCAAAGGAUGACAGCCUCGAUGGCAUGGUUGUGUUGCUACAGAAGGUCCUGCAGCUGUAUGCAGCGCGGGAACUUAAGACAGAAGAAAACGACGGUGCCCUUGGCUUCUGCAACGAACUCCUGGGUGUGGAUGCAGCAACCUGGGAGGCCGCUAUAAAAGAAAAGGCAUUGUCAGGGGAAUUGGAGGAGGAGGAAUUCAUGAAGGCAGUUCAAAUGAAGCUGGAGAACACCAUUUUGCUCAAAGGUGGCUCUUAUGCUCAGCGAGUUCAGGUCGAGUUUCUGUCGGAACUGAAGGAGCGAGGGCAAUCAGCUUUCAAGAGUGCUGCAGCUUCUUCAGCGCAGUAG